CAUUGGCACUUUGGAAAACCAUAGUGGCUAUAGUAUUAUAGGCAAGAGAAUCACAGUGGCAGAGUUUAUUACUAUUCCAGAUCCAAACUUCAGAGAAAUCUGAGCACACACCAUUAGGUUUCAUUUACACUGUUUUCUCCCCCUUUGUUAUUGUUAGAGUUGAUAAGCUUUAUGUGAUGACUAAAACUGUUAUAAAUUAUUUUAAGUCUUGAUAGUAAAUUUAAGUAAUCAUCAUUAUAUAGUGGGAGGAAAACCUGUAUAAACCUCUGUGUGAAUAAUGUUCAUUUUUAUCUGGAGAAGUACCACAAAUGAAUGAAAAAUUUUAAGUGUUGUUUUGGUGAUGGAAAACAUGACUUUUCAGGAUUUCCUUUGUUUUUGUUGCUGUAGCAACCCACCAGUAUCCUAGACAUGAAUGACUUCCUGUGGACUGACCAGGCCAGCUCAGCUUCCUUGAUGAGCAAGGCAAUUAGCACAGCCCAGGAACUCUGCAUGAUGUUAAGUAACACAGGCCUUCCCCAAGAUGGGCUGCUCUGUUCUCUGUACUUGCCUGGAUUGAUUCCUGUUUCAUCAUGUGAAAAAUCAUACAUUCUGAAUAAAACAAUUUUCGUAUUGCCAGGGUAUGUUAGCACCGUGGCUGAACAGUAACUCAUGGUUGCUUCCUUUCUGAUAAAAAAUCUGAAUUAAAUUGACGAGGUAAUAAUCAUGGAAGAAAUAGUUUUUACUUUCAGGCUCUGAAGUUGAACAAUCUUUCGUUACGAGCUUUAUAAGAACUGUGCAAUACUUAACUGUCAACUUAUCAGUAGUGAACUUUGUCCUUUGGAUUGGUGGUUCCAAUUUAUUGAUUAUAAGUCAAGUGUAUUUCCACAUGAAUGUUAGCUAGAAGCAGGUCUUUUUUAGUCUGCUGUGGAGAUUUAGAUGGUUUUUGAGCUGAGUGCUAAUGGAAGAUACAAAUUGAUCUAGAAGAGAGCUUACAUCAUUACAUUUUCAAUUUAACUUCUGCUUCUGAAAGUAGGAUAUGAAACUGAAUGAAAGCUGGCUGGAACAAUCUUUAAGAUGAAGUGGUUUCAUUUCAUGAUUGGAUUUUUAGUUAUCAUUACUGGCUAACUUGAAUUAUAAUUAUAUUUGAAUUUUACUAGUAUUUUGUUGUGGAUUACAGGUCUGGAGAGCAAUAAAAUAGUUAUUUGAAACCCAUGAGGAGUUGUGUCUAGUGAUCAGAGCUCUUUUUUAAAGUACACGUGUAUAGUACAUAAUGUUUACAUUAUUUGUGGAGAGUCGGUACUUGUGCAUAAUAUAUCUGAAUUCCUGGUUUCAUCUCCUAUCCCUCCACUCUCUCCUCCUGCAUCUCAUAGUCCUUUUGUUUUAAGCUCAGAAAUGUCCUUAUCAAUAUAUUUUUGCUUCGACCAAAAUUUUCUUCCUACUAUUUUUGUCACAUUUAAAUAAUUGGCUUGUUUGUGACAUGAACAUCUGUUGUCAUAGUAACAAUAUCACACAUUUAGGUCUCUAGCAAGGAGGGAGAAAACUGCUAAAAAGCACAACUUUCAGGAAAAGUAGAAGCUGAAAUUAAUGUUUAUAAGUUAUCUUAGUGCUAAUUCAGAAGAUUUUCACUUUCUGACUUUGUCUUACGAUUUUUUUCAGAAUUCAUUGAUGCAGUACUUAGCUUAUUUAAAUUCAAGAUCACUUUCAAGUGACCUUGCAGCCAUUCCUAACUGCAUAUCCUAAAAUUUAGAAGGGGAGCGGGUAUAAGUGAAAAGAAAAAUGUACUACAUUUUAAAAACUUACAGACUAGCUGUUGGAAUAUUAAUUAUCAAAGAAAGUAAAAACCAACCAACAAACAAAAUUUCAAUUCCUAAACCAAACCAAAAAAAUAAAUAACUUGAAAUUUCAAUUUUAUAAUCUUUCAAGUACACAAAAUAUAAAAGUUUGUGGUCAUUUAAAUAGGAAAUAACACCUAAAUUUUUUUCAAAUGAAAAUGAACCUCAAAUAUUUGAAGGGAGGAAGCAAUAUGAAAUAAGUAUUGUUCUUUCCUUUUUCUUCUUCUUUUUCCUACUUUGGUAGAUAAAACCUGGAGUCUUACAAGUCUUAGGCAAGCACCCUACCACUGAGCUGUGUUUCAGCAGAAAUAAGUUAUUCUUGGUUUCAGUAAAAUAUGUUGCUAAUUUCCUUGUAGAGCUGAGCUGAGAUAUCCUGUCAGUAAAGUUACUUAUAAUAGAAUUUUCCAUCUAGGUUUGAACUCUGGUAGGAAGUUCAGCUCCUGUUUUAUUUAUUUUAAUCUUUGAAUUUAAUCAUAUAUUAUAGGUUUUUUCUGCUCAUAUUUCUUUUUGAUUUAUCCUCAUUUGUAUGCUGAAAUUUUAAGUGUAAACAGUUUAAAAUAUUCAUUUUUUUUUCUCUUUGAGUCAAGGAAAAUGGCAGCCUUCAAAAUUCUUAUAUAUUAUUUGAAUAAAAUACAACAAAAAUGUUAAAUACCAUCUGCAUAAACAUGCAAAAGCUACUGGCAAAAUAUAUGCUGAGGGCUCAGAUAGUUUCUUAGUUAUGUUGUACUGGCCUAAACUCUAGAAAAGGUAGCCAAUAUAAAGUGAUCUGUAUAUUUAUCUUACAUUUACAAUAUGGAAGAUGAAGGUUUAUUGGAAGGCAUCUGUGCCUGUGAUUAAUUUGUGGUUUCCACAUUUUUCCACUUGGGUUGCAUUUUUUAAAGAAGAAGCCAAAAUUUCAUAGCAGACAUUUUUGAUCAUCAGGAACAAGUGGUGUGUUUCAUUUUGAUGACUAAUUGCUUUUAUAUUUCCAGAAUUGGUGGCUUUAAGUUUCAUUGGCAUUAAGCAAUAUCAAAAGUUUUCACUUCUAUUUUUUCAAUUGCAUAAGAAAAUAAAAGUUUCUCCAGAAAUGAUUGAUGGAAUUACAGUUUGCAAGUGAUGUAAGAUUGUUGCAUUUAUUGUAAAUUAUAUCUAGAACCUUAGCUUAUUUGAGAGGAAAAGAUUGUGAUAAGUAAAUAAAGAUAUUUAUAUUCAGUGGACUAUGUCAUAAGGUAGACUAAAAUGUAAAAUUUUAGGGGUCAGACACAUUCUUUUCUUUAGGAAAAACUGUAAAAUACAUAUCUUUUCAAAUUUAGAUGUUACUCUUGUCCUAGAAGAUCUUGUAGUCUUAGUGGGUAUAUUAUGGCAAGGCUUAUUGGUAAAAAUCAAAUAUAAUUCUGUAGUUUUAUUUCACUGAUCUGUUCCACUGACAGAACAGGACGUAAAGCUCAGAAAGAAGAAAUGAGAAAAUUCAGACAAGUUCAGUAUAUUAGUCACUUUCCUGUCACAGCACUCAAAGGUGACAAAUUAAAAGGAUGAGAGGUUUAACUUGACUCAUCAUUUCAGGUAUUCAUCGUUUCAGGUAUUCAAUACAUUGGCUCUGACCCAAGAAUGUCAUGGUGGAAAGGCAUGGUGGAACAAGAUGUUCAUUGACUGGAAAGCAGGGAAACAUUGCCAGGGAUAAUAUAUACUACCUAAGAGCAUACCUUCUUGGCCUGCUCGGUCACAGCCAGAAGUGUGUUUUUGUGAUAACCCCCUAAGUGAUUUCCAAUCUAAUCAAAUUGAUACACUUAAGCUUAAACCACCUCAUCUGGUUUGAGUACAGCAAGUUGUCUAUCCAGAUGAAUCUUUAAAUAGUAGGAGACACUUAAAAAUUAUUCCCCUUUAAUUUCUGUUCUAGAACCCUAUUUGCCUCAAAGCUGAGUCCCUGAAGACAUCCCUGACACAUCAAUUUGGGCUCAUUGGAUAUCUGUCCCAGUGAUGGUUUGUGGUUACUGGGUUUGUGGGAAGUCACUUUAUGAUGAUAUUGACACUAAGAAAAAAUCUUCCUAGAUAGCUUGUUCAUUUUGUAGUGAAAAAUUUGCAGUCAGACACUAAAUACAGAGUUCCAGAUUUUGCAAAACAUACAGCUGUGGAGAAGGAGAACCUCUGAUCGCAGAUGCGAGAUGAAUGUAGGUAGCAGCACAGGUGUGUUGGGGUGUGUGUGGGAGCCACCAUACAGUCAUCAGCUCAAAAUUAUGAUUUUAUAAAGAAUGAGGUUUACAUUCAGGUUAGGUUAAUAUAUAAAAAUACGUCAAAUUUUUGAGAUAUUGAAUCCCUUUCAAUUACCUAUAGUUUUCUUUUUAACUUGAUAGUAUGAGCAACUAGGUAGGAUAUUCAAUUAGUAAAACAACAAAAAAAAAUGAGAACCCUUGGAGACAGAUUUCAGGCACCAUUUAUAGUUCCUUUUUCUUGAUCAAGUUAUUCAUUUAACGUUCCUUGGAUCUUAGUUUCCUACUCUGUAGAAUGUAGAUAAUCAAUUUUGUGCUUUAGAGUUACCAUGAGGAUUAAAUGAAAGAGCACACAGACCAUGAAGUUUAGUGCCUCAUUGAAAGAGUUUUGGCCUAGACAAGGCACUGUAGCCUGUAAAGCCUCAGGCAGAACCAAGGAGCUCUGUCUCCCCCACCCCUAGGAAUUUACCUAUGGCGCCAAAAGACUACCAAUGGGCUACCUGUACAUCACUAAUUCCUCCUCAGGUUCCACCCCAAACCUAGGAUACUUAUAUGUCUCCACUCCACAUGUUCCACUGAGAGAUCACCACCAGGGGAGGCGGGGGCAGGGUGGGGUGGGGAUGCCGCCCCCAAAGGAUCGGGGGUGUCUCCCCUGCAUUCUCAAAAUAAAGGUCAUUUAUAUUUCAUACUUCUUAUCUUUUCAGCCGCCACUGGUCCCACAGUUCUAUCACUCACCACUUAGAAAUGUUUGAUAAGUGACUAAUAAGAUUAUGAUUAUCAUGUAACAAGGCUAAUCCUAAACUAACCCUCUUGAUCACUACUAUAUAUGGUAAGGUUAAAUCCAAAGCCCCCUGGGUUUUCUGGUGGUUCAAGUGUACUUCUAUUUUGUUAAUAUUGAUUUCUGUGAAUAAUUGUGACUGAUCUGUUAUCAUUUAUCAUCAUAUGGCUGAAGGAUGUGUCAAGAUUUCUUGAUUAGCUUUCCUAAAAAGUUGUUGGUCUGAGGGAUAAGGAUGUGUUGAUACAGGGUCAGUGACCCUGACAACUGUGCCACUUUGGAGGGUUAUGUUGGUAAUGGGGAGACUGUACUGUGUGUGGGCAGGAAAGGGCUCAUGGGGAUCUUGAUAGCUUCUGCUCAAUUUUGCUAGAAACCUAAAACCUCUUCUGUUCUAAAAGAUAAAUUUCUAUUGGGAACAAGCCCAAACAAAAUGUAAGCAAACAAAAAAUCAUUUUUAAGCAUGGACAUUUCUCAGUAUUUAUAGGAAAUUUUUUUUCGUUUUCUUUUGAGAGGAUUUUAGGGAAAGGGAAAAGAAAUGGAGCCUUCUUUUUUCUUUUUUUUUCCUAUUAGGAAGAACUAGAACAUCUUGGUGAUUUUCCUGGAAAAGAAAGAGCAGGGGAAUGUAAUGAAGAUUUUCAGUUAAGUGUCUUAUCCUGAUCAAAUUAUCCUUUACUAAAAUCUUUUGGUCUGGGUUCUCAGAGGAAUUCAUAUUCUUCUUAUGAUUGGUAGGCUCAGUUGAAUACAUCUAAGUUUAAAUAUUUUUAAGCUAACCAGCUUUCAGAAAAAAAUAAUCUUCUUUAGGAAAUUUAAAUACGUAAAAAGGCAUAUUUUUCAGAGAAUCAUGAUUUAUUUUCAUGAAAAUAAAAUCUUGUGUUUGGAGCACACUGGUUGAUGUAGUUUAAGAACUUGGCUGAAAUUUAUUCUCUAUGUCUGAUGCAAAUUCAUUUGUUUGCAGAGGAACCAUGUUGUAAACUUAGGCUUGAGAUGACACAUAUAGGUAACUUUAUUUGUAAAAGUAAAGCUAAAAUUCAUAUGACUCAGAAUUUAUAAAAUGCUAUAUAGUAUUUAGAGGAUUUAAAAUAAUUCUCUUCCAUUGUACCAUUUUCCAAAACUGUCCUACCCUUAAGAUAGUUAUUGAGGUUGAAAAUUUUCAUAAGAGAUGAGUUUUAGCAAAAAGCAAAUGUUAGCAGAAACUGUAAAUAAACUUCCAUGUCUUAGAAAAUGAACAUCUAAGAACUUUUCAGUAUUUUUUUGGUAAUUGAUUGACUUAAAUGUUAACAGAAUUACUCUUUUGAACUAGAAGCUAACUUGCAAGAAAUGAAAUGUUCAGUUGUUAGAGUAUGAGGAAGUUGCUCAAAUGUCAAAGGAAAUAAGAGAGGAUAUUCUGUCUUCUUGCCGUGUUUUACGUUUCCCUGUGUGUGGGAAGCAAAGUUCUGCAGAAAAGACUUCCAGAUCUGUGCAGAGAGCUGGUAUUUCUGUGGCAGCUGAAUCCAGAGAUAAGGGUGGCAAGGCAGUCCCAGGCCAGGCUCACAUAGCUUCAUGGGCACUUCCCAGAGGACAGCCUAGAAAUGUCUUUAGGGUUACUGCCACCUGGAACUCGGAUAUGAUUUGCAGAUCUUGAUGCAAUGAAAAUCAUGAAUUGGGACUGGAUACCAGGAGGGGACUCCUUAGGGGAACUGCUUCAGCAGUGAUACAGGAGAUUAGACAGUGCUGAAGUGACUUCACCUCCGGACCACAAAGGACAUCUCAGUUCUUCUGAUUUAUAAGCAGGAAGGCUGAGGCAGGGAUCAGGAACAUCAGGUGCAAAAUAAUAACUUUUUAUGGGUAUAGGGAGGAAAGUAUGUAAUGUUUUAAAAGAAUAAUAAGUCAACUUCAUUUGUAAAUGUUUAAAAUUGAAUCUGAAAUACCUUACAUUAUAAUUACUAGAUGAGAUGCCUCAUUAGCAUAUAAUUUUCCCUAUGUAGUUCCUGGUUAAAUGGUAUUGCUAAUAUUCUAAUGCUAAUCUAACCUCAAUUGUAAGAAUUAUUUACACUUGAGUAGUGCUGUGUUAUUCAGCAUAAUCUCUUGUGCCAUAAGGUUUAACAUCUCAUAAAUAUACAUUUUUUAGAGACCACUAGAAAACUCCUACAUCUUAGUCUUAUGAAUAUUUUAAAAUCUUUUUCUUAUUAUAGCUUCUCUAUUUAAGUCUCCCCAAAAUCUAAAAACAUCUGACCCAACUAUAUCAGCUUCGACGGGAGCCUGCUUCAGGGGAAGUGAAGGGAUACAAGGUCAUGUUCCAACCUAUGGGAGAUGACAGAGCCUGGGGAAGUUGAUCCUUGUGUCAUAGGCAGCUGAGUUAAUUAGAAAUAUUCUAGGCAAUCAGACAGGAUUGGGCCCUCAAAGGAGCAAGUGUGGAAGACCAGAUACCUUGCAACCUUGGAGGAGACAAACCCUCCUGCUGUGGGUCAGAUCUCAAGACAAAAGGCAAAGCUAACACCCCACAUCCUAAAGGUUGAUAGUCCAGAUAGUUCUCUGUCACCCUGAGGAAGUCAGGAGUCACCAUCCCAACCCCCUACAGGAAGAGUCCUGCUGUUAUGCAUGGCCCCUUGCUAUGUGACUCGCUUCCCUACUUGUUACGAAGUUAAUCAAUUUUACCUAAGCAAGUAAUCUUAUUAGUUGACCAUAGUUUUGUCCCACCUCACACUCACCUUGCGAGUUCUCAUUCUUUUCCACUUUGGACCCAUCUCACCUUGUGGUUUUACUCCAUAGAAGUACCUAGAAACGACAGAGUCCUUGCCAACCCACUAGGCACUCUCUCUGUCUCUCUCUCAGCUUUCUUUCUCUCAAUAAACAUAUUCUGCUCUUAACUUCUGUUGCUCCUAAAAUUAAUUCUUCUACUUUAGAGAACACAAACUCGUACUAGAAUAUCUAGUAGGUUGGGAGUUUCAUUCCCCUAUAUCGCUUGGACCAGAUGAAGACACAGGUGUUUUGGAGGCGCUUAAAACCAAUUGUGUUUGUGUUAAAAGACUGGAUAACUUAGGUAAAUCAGUAGCCCUUUCAGCAAUUAUCAGGGAUGUCUGUUUGUCAGCAGAGUAUUUUACAAGCAACUGAAUCUGUAUUUUAAGUGCUCUAGGAGUACAAGUGAGAAUUCAGAGGCCAGAAUUGAAUUUAGACCUAGGUAAAAUAUUUGUAAUAUUUUAAUUACUUUUUUAUUACAAGCGAUCGGGAAUUAAAUUUUUCAAUGACACUGUUUUUUUCCCUUUUUAAAAAAAGCCUUAUUGCAUAAUUUCACCAAACCUGCAGUCAUGUGCAAGUGUGAUUCCUGCGGUGACUCAUGCUAAGGCCCCAAGUGAGCCUUUUCUGGUGACACCAGAAGCCAGGGGUUCUGUGCUUGGUGCCAUCUGGCAGGGAGCAGGGCUGAGGGAUGGUUCACUUCCAGGCCAUGUGCUGGGAAACAAGGCAGUCUGAGUUUGGACAACACUGCAUUCAUCACAGUGGAAACAGGAGACAGACUACCAAGCAUUGCUUCCUGGAAAGUCUUCAAUAGGCAUCCUGUAAUACUGAAAUCUAUGUAAACUCUUGUCAUUUACUUUCCCAGGGCAUGUGAACUGGAUUGGCCUUGUUACUUGCCAGAAACCAUGUGAGGAGCCAUAUGAUACCUUGCAAAGUGCAAUGUUGAUCCCUUUCUCUUUGUGUAGUAGUAGGGGUGGAACCAGAGCCUCGUGAAUGCCAGGGAAAGGCUCAGCCCCUGAGCCACACUCCAGCCCUUCAUGUGUGUGCUUAGAGUCCAUCGCUCAAGUGCCAAGUUCCGGAACCUUCUCCAACAAGUGGAACCUGUGGCAGGGACUCAAGAGGUGCUGUGCAGCUGGUUUCCCUGAGUCCUCAAAGGAUUAGUGGAAUGGAAGUUACAUCCAUUUUGAAGUCUUCUGAGUGAAAGUUUGCUAAUCAAGCUUGUACUCUGAGGAUAUUGGGAUUAUUUUUCUCACUUCCAAAGCAUCUUUGCUCGAUUUGUGACAUGUCUGUGCAUUUUAUGUCUGCAGCUCUCAAUUAAUUUGUUUGGAUGGAGUGUCUCACCAGAGCUGAAGCCGACAUCGUGCUGCUGGUGGAUGGAUCGUGGAGCAUCGGCCGCACAAAUUUUAGAACUGUGAGGAGUUUCAUUUCUCGCAUUGUGGAAGUCUUCGAGAUUGGCCCCCAAAGAGUGCAAAUUGGUCUUGCUCAGUACAGUGGAGACCCCAGGACCGAGUGGCAGUUGAAUGCUCACAGAGACAAGAGGAGCUUGUUGCAGGCGGUGGCAAAUCUGCCUUACAAAGGGGGCAACACGCUGACGGGUUUGGCUUUGAAUUUCAUUCACCAGCAGAACUUCAAGACCCAAGCUGGCCUGCGGACUCGGGCUCGCAAAAUUGGUGUCCUCAUUACGGAUGGAAAGUCUCAAGACGACGUCGAGGCGCCGUCCAAGAAACUCAAGGACGAAGGCGUGGAGCUGUUUGCAGUUGGAAUUAAGAAUGCUGAUGAGGACGAGUUAAAGAUGAUCGCCACAGAUCCCGAUGACAUCCAUGCCUACAACGUGGCAGAUUUUGAGUCACUCUCCAGUAUUGUGGACAACCUCACCACUAACUUGUGUAACAGCGUCAAAGGUCCAGGUGACUUGGAAGCGCCUUCUAACUUGGUUAUUUCGGAGCAAACUCACCAUUCUUUUAGAGUGAGCUGGACUCCUCCGUCUGACAGUGUGGACAGAUACAAGGUGGAAUACUACCCUGUUACAGGAGGCAAACGCCAAGAAAUUCAUGUGAAUCGAGUGAAAACCAGCACAGUGUUGAAAAAUUUGGAGCCUGAAGCUCAAUACGUUGUGAAUGUCUAUUCUAUGGUGGAAAAUGAAUAUAGUGAGCCUGUAAAAGGCACAGGAAUAACCUCUAAGAGAGAGUAAACAGACAUAUAUGCAUCACGCAUGUUAAUACACAUUUUCUUACUCUUUUAUUUUUUAAGAUAAAAAGGUGAUAGACCGUGUGUUAAUUUUUGCCAGACUUUGAAAUCAUGUCUUGAUUCAAUAUCUAUUCAGUGAAUGUUUACAAAGUACCUUCUUCAUGCAAGUUCUCAGUAAACACUCGGCUACCCAGUCUUGGCUACUUCUUCCCCAUAGGACCCCACUGUUACAGUGGGUAGCCAUGGCCAGAAUUCAGGUAAGAGAUACCUUUAAUAGCAUUAUUGCUUCUUAGAGUCUUGGAACUCUUUGGCUUUCAAGAAAAUCCCUUAAAGUGCAAACAGACGUGUCAAGAGAGUAAAACUUUAGACUUUGCUCUUACUGUCACAUAAGGACAUUUUCCUGAAGAACUGAGCUCUUCUCGGUACAAUACCCAGAGAUGUUCCAGGCGGGGAGGGGCCUACAUUAGGAAAAGCCCUGCACAGAGCUCCUGUUGGCUGUGACCUCUCCCUGCUCUGGCUGGCUCUGGCCUUUAUUGCUGAGGUCCUGUUGGCUUUGACUUUGAGCGGAGCUCUUGGAGGAGAUGCUCACGGCUCCGCUUCCUGGUAGCAUUUCCCAGGCUGUAUAUAAGUACUCUUUCCCUCUUCCUGUUUCUUGGCUGGCACUGGAGGAAGAAGGGAAGCCACUUACAAGAGAAGGAAGUGCGUCAAGAGCUGGUUAUGCAGAUUGCUCGGCUCCUCGGUGCUUUUCUCCUCUCUACCUCCUCAUGUCAGGCCACAGGAGAUGGAAAAUAAUGUAUUUUUAUAAUUGGCAGGAUGCCUGGGAUCAUCCCAUGCAUUAAAAAUCACUCUUUGAACUAAAAGUAGUUGAAAAUUAUAUGGAUAUUAAGUGAAAAGAUUAUGAACUUUUACUGUGCUCCAUGAUCUUGUCUCGAAAAAAAAAAAAAAGAAAAAAAAUUCUAUACAUUUCCUAAGUUCCAGUUAUUCACAUGUGAUACUCUAUUUUUAAAUAGAUUUUUUUCCCAGAAGAGGAAAUAAAAAAUGCUGUGUUAGUUGUUUCUGUUCUAUGAUGGAAGCAUAAAGACAGUCUUCUAAAAUUCUCCUUUACAAUCUUAAACAGUCCAAGGAAAUCCAAUGCUCCUUAUAUAAAGAACUGAAAAGGAAAAGAAUUUGGAUUAUAGGGCAUUGUGUACCCUAUAAUGUGGCAAUGUGGCAUUGCCUAUCAAGCAAUGUGUACCUAGGAGGAAGGGGUAUCAAUGUGCAAUGUCUACUUUCUGAUCCCUGGUCCAAAGCAGGUUUCUGUUGAGGCAGGUGUGCUUCCUUACACACCUGUGCUGGGAGUGGAAGUGAUGGACACAGGGGCAAUUUUCUUUGUUCUGGGCUGAGUCAUCUUCCAUCUAUGUCAGCUCAUCCUCCCCAGGGCGGGGACUCCUCAUGAACUUCUUGGCUUCUAAGACUUACUCAGGACUUCCACAAAGUAUUAUCCAAUGGCUUUAUAUUGCUUGGGAAAAUAAAGUUUAGUAAUGUAUUUUAAAAAUUAA